AUGGUCUUUUUUAACAUCAGUGUCUACCAGCCCUUCCUUCUGACCAGCUUCUCUGGACUAGAGGACUCAAAUCCAGUAAUUUCUAUUUUGUUCUGUGCCCUCUAUAUCAUUGCUCUUAUGGGUAACAGCACCAUCAUAGUGGUUAUUUGGGUGGAACCAUCACUUCAUACACCCAUGUACCUUUUCCUCUCCAUGCUGGCUGCUAGUGACCUGGGACUCUGUGCUGUCACCCUGCCCACCUUGUUCAAGCUUUUUUGGUUCAAUGCUCAUGAAAUAAAUUUUGAUGCCUGCCUUACUCAGAUGUUCUUCAUCCAUGUUUUCUCUCUAAUGGAAUCAGGCACUCUGCUAUCCAUGGCAUUUGACCGUUAUGUGGCCAUCUCCAACCCACUCAGAUACAGUGCUAUUUUGACCAAUUCAACCAUUGCCAAGAUAUGUGUUGGGCUUUGGCUAAGGGCUGUGGCUGUUAUCUUCCCAGGACCAUUUCUCAUUAAGCAACUAAGGUUUUGUGAAGCCAACGUGCUCUCCCACUCCUACUGCCUACACCCAGACAUCAUCAAGCUCUCCUGCUCUGAUCACCGCAUUAAUAGCAUUUAUGGCCUCAUCAUUGUUCUCAUCACCCUUGGAAUGGACUCUGUGCUCAUCUUGCUGUCUUAUUUGAAGAUCCUGAUCACUGUUUUAGGCAUCGCCUCCAGGGUAGAACAACUCAAGGCACUCAAUACUUGUGUCUCCCACAUCUGUGCAGUGCUGCUUGUCUAUGUCCCUAUGCUAGGGGUGUCUAUUAUCCAUAGCUUUGGACAUGUUCCACCCGCGGUGCACAUUGUCAUGGGCUAUGUAUACCUAUUGGUCCCCCCUGUCUUCAACCCUAUUAUAUACUGCAUUAAAACCAGGGAAAUACGUGCCCGUAUUUUGGGAAAUCUAAUGAAAUGA